CUAUGUUAGUUAGCACCGGUUUAAACCGGUGCCAUAUUUGAGAAAAAAAAAACCCGGGUUAGGUUAUUCGUGCGUUUUAAUUUUUCAAUUCCUUUUCCUCUGUAACUUGCUUCUCCUUUCUCCUUCUACCUUUCCCCAUUUCCCUCUUGACUCCACUACUUCAACCACUACGCACCCCUUUCCACCGCCACCACACUAUAUCUUCAUUCUUCACGGCAUCAAGGCGAUGUGACGGUGGUCGCAAUUGGUUGUUGGAUUUUUAGAGUUUCAGGUGGCAAUUUGGUAAAGUUUUUGUUAUUUUAGUUUUGAAAUUAGGGCUUUGGUUUAUUGUGGUUAUGGGUAUCCGAUUUUUAGUUGUUUUUAGAUGGAUUUUUGGUUGUUUUUAGAUGGAUUUGUCGUGGGAUGCAAUUCCUUGGUAUUUUUGUUGUGGUUUUGAAUACCUGAUUGGUUGAACUCUUCAAUCUGGUCCAUGCCUCCUCCUCCUUCGUUUGCUACCACCAUCUCUCUCCUCCGCCCAUCCUCCGCCCUCCGUCGCCGGUUCGACCUCCAUCCCCACCUCCUCCACCGCCGGACUCCAAUGGCACUUCCACUUCCUCUACUUCUCCUUCUCCUUCUCCUACCCCCGAGGAGAUCUCUCACCAUGCUCAGCUCUCACUCGAGCUGUCGAAGAAGAUCAUCAACAUAAGAGAAAUCAGGAGGUUAGCAUCCAUGGGUCUUCCUGAUGCUCCUGCCAUCCGCUCUACUGUCUGGAAGCUUCUGCUAGGGUAUUUGCCCAGUGAUCGAGCAAUGUGGCCCUCUGAAUUAGCCAACAAGAGGUCUCAAUACAACCAUUUCAAGGAUGACCUCUUGAUGUCUCCCGUUCUUACUGAAAAAGCUUAUCUUGUGGGUGUGGAGCAAAAAGGUAUUAAAGUGGAUUCUUUUGGAAUAGAAGAAUCUCUGAAAGAAUUGGCUCAACUAGCUGACACAGCAGGUCUUCAGGUUGUUGGCUCUACUUAUCAAAAGUGAGUAUGUCGUGGGUUUUUCUAUUGCAUAAUGUGGUUACGCUAUAAGUUGCAAUGUGCAUAUACUUAAGACAGUACAAUAAGCUACUUGGUGAUUUAUAUUAUCUGUGCAUGCCCUAAAUCUUCCAGUUAACAUGUAAUAUAUCUCUGUCACUCUGUGUGUGACUGUGAAAGUUGGGGAAGGGUUGGAGAAUUGAAUGGGGGAGUGUCGCUUAAAACGAUAAUGUAACUCUUUUAAUUAGAGCUUAAGGGGUUUCAGUGAGUUGAUUUUGUAUCUGUUGUAAUUCAAUUCUUUGCAAGUGAAAAGCACUUGUAACUUAAGGCAUGUUAUGUGUCAUCUGGGAACAUGGCCUCCAAAGCAGCUACAAUUCAAUUAAAAGCUUUAGUACCUCCGUUUUAACUUGUUAAGAUAGAGAUUGUUAAACAAAACUCAGAUUACUUUACCAAGUGUGUAUUGACUUAUGAGUUUUUGUCAUAUAGUUUACAUAUGUCUUCUAUCAAAUACAUUUCUCCUUUA